UCGGGGGGCGAUCUUGUGAGCGGCGAUGGCGAUGAGACGAGAUGCAUGGGUGGACGCGGCUUCACAAUGCCAGACUGCGGUGGCCAGAGUUGGAGCGUAUGGUGCUGAGAUAACGUCGCCCGCUCUUCCAUUCCUUGCCCAGACUGGAGCCGCCGGUGCUGUCUUCCUCGCCGGCCUCGUAGGCUUUCAGUAUGCAGGUUAUGUGUGCGGCAUUUCCUGUGUGACACCAGCCUUGGGCCCUAUGUUUGGGUGCGCAGCAGUUGGUGUUUCCUCGGUUGCUGCAGGUCAGGCAGCAGCAGCCAUGCAUCGGCUGAUUGAAGUCGGGGACCUUUGGCCAAAUAACAGCUUUGGAGCGACGCAGAGAGAAGAAAUACUGCUGCAUGCCCUAAUGGGCAUCGCAGGUUUUAAGGCCCUUGGGGGUUCUUUCCGGAAUGUCAUGCCCAGUAAUCUCGGCUACCCUGGCGCGCUGGCAAGGUUCUCUAUUCCAGCAAAGGGUGAAGGUUAUGCGGUGGAGGCGGAGAGAGCAGUCAUCAGGAGGAUGUUCAAGCAGUUUGGGUGCCAUCACUGUGGAAGGCGCUCUGGCGGGUGCAUUGCGGACCAUAUGCCUCCAAACAAGCAGAUGAUUGUUAUGCGGUCUAGAUUGUCAAUUGGCGCCUUGGGUCUUGGCCUCUUGAGAUUGUUUUUCCCAGCAAAAGGGCAAUUGAAAACAAGAGCAAAGGAUGGGGUGACAUUCAAAGGCAGCAGCAGCAACCCUGGUCAGACCAGGGGCUCGACGAAUGCCAUUCUGAGCGAUGCAGCCAGAGCCAUAGGGUUGGGAACAAAGAGUGGAAAAGCUGGUUCAGUGAGGAGAUACGAUGGCGAUGCGGCGCGGGCUUCACGGUUUCAAGUUUUUCAGCGAUUUUACCCCCAGUGCGAGAGCUGCUCCCAGAGGCAGAGUUCGGCAAUGAAGCAAGAGCGCCAUGUCUUGGUCAUGCAUUUCAAACGAGGUCGCCCAGAGGUAAGCACGUGGCUCGAUCCCAUGAGCUCUAUUCCCUGUAGCAUGUGCACCCUACCUGCUGUCAUUGUCCUGUGGCACGUACUUCCACCACAGACUUGCAUGCGUGUCUCUGUCCUAUGGGAAGAUGGCUCUUCGGGAAUGAACAAUCAUGACACAUUAAUGGCGAACCAUCUGUUGAAAAGGCCAGAGGUAGGAUACUUGUCAUUCUAUCUUGGAAGGCAUCCAAGCUAGAAAUGAGACCAUCGAGUUGCCGCAUGGACUAUGCAUGACAUCAGAUUCG